GUCUCCUGCAUUGUGCGUCACAGGUGCGACACACGCGGCGUUCUUCCGUUUGGCCUGCAGACGCGCUUUCCUAUUUUACUCGCGUUUUGUAUUAAAAUCGCUCGCAAUAAUGUCCGCGGCCGUCGUUCCCGUGAGAAAGAGGAUCAUGAAGGAGGAAGAUAUGACGAAAAUCGAGUUUGAGACGAGUGAAGAGGUCGAUGUGACGCCAACGUUUGAUACGAUGGGCCUGAGGGAAGAUUUACUACGCGGGAUCUAUGCGUACGGUUUUGAGAAACCAUCAGCCAUCCAGCAGCGAGCCAUUAAACAGAUCAUAAAGGGAAGAGAUGUCAUCGCCCAGUCACAGUCUGGUACUGGUAAAACAGCCACUUUCUGUGUUUCUGUUCUGCAGUGUUUGGACAUUCAGGUUCGUGAGACCCAAGCUCUGAUUUUGGCUCCGACUCGAGAGUUAGCAGGACAGAUUCAGAAGGUUCUUCUGGCGUUGGGUGACUACAUGAACGUUCAGUGUCAUGCUUGUAUCGGAGGAACAAAUGUGGGUGAAGAUAUCAGAAAACUGGACUACGGUCAGCAUGUGGUGGCUGGGACCCCUGGAAGAGUGUUUGAUAUGAUCCGCAGGAGGAGUCUGAGAACACGAGCUAUCAAGAUGCUGGUUCUGGAUGAAGCUGAUGAAAUGCUCAACAAAGGUUUUAAGGAGCAGAUUUAUGACGUGUACAGAUAUCUCCCUCCGGCCACUCAGGUGUGUUUGAUCAGUGCCACGCUCCCCCACGAAAUCCUGGAAAUGACCAACAAAUUCAUGACAGAUCCCAUCCGUAUCCUGGUCAAACGUGAUGAGUUGACUCUGGAAGGCAUCAAGCAGUUUUUCGUGGCUGUUGAGCGAGAGGAGUGGAAGUUUGACACGUUGUGCGACCUCUACGAUACGCUGACCAUCACACAAGCCGUCAUCUUCUGCAACACCAAACGCAAGGUGGACUGGCUGACAGAAAAGAUGAGGGAAGCAAACUUUACGGUGUCGUCCAUGCACGGAGACAUGCCACAGAAAGAGAGAGAGUCUAUCAUGAAGGAGUUCAGAUCUGGAGCCAGUCGAGUGCUGAUCUCCACAGAUGUUUGGGCCAGAGGUCUGGAUGUUCCUCAGGUUUCGCUCAUCAUCAACUAUGAUUUGCCCAACAACAGAGAGUUGUACAUCCACAGGAUUGGUCGAUCGGGACGUUACGGCAGGAAGGGUGUUGCCAUCAACUUUGUGAAAAAUGAUGACAUUCGUAUCUUGAGAGAUAUUGAGCAGUACUACUCCACACAGAUCGAUGAGAUGCCCAUGAAUGUUGCUGAUCUGAUCUAAGAUGUUGGAUGUGGGCUGUAACUUCUGAUAAGUUUUUAUUUUCAUUUGGAUCUUAUUUUUCACCUCUUGUUAUUUUCUUUUAUUUACUCUGACAUUUUAUGUAGUUGAGCAAAUCAUUUGCUCAUAUUAAUGGAUAUUGUGUUUGAGGAGCAGCUGUUUAAUGUGCUUUGGAUUUUGUAAAUAAAGAAUCUUUGUCACUGUC